UGCCAGUUUUACACUCCAUUUGCCGUCAGUGAAAAUGUGGGCGGCAGAUACACCACGUAUUUAUCAUCACUCGAGUUCACCAUAUCAUACAGGAAAAGAUAUCUUGAUUCUCCUCACAGUGAAUGUCUGGAACCAAAGGCAUCAUCUUUUACCUAACCUGUUUUCACCAGCCUCUUUUCUAUUAUCCUUUAGGGUCUUCAUCUGACAGGUAGAUGUUUUUCCAACAGUCGAGGGAGAAGUCAGUUGGUCUCUAGAUUUUGAUUCCUCUUUAAUUCCUGUUUACCAGUCAAGACUUCUAUUUGGUGAAAUCUGUUGUAUUGAGCUGGUGUCAUCUUUGAACCAUAACAAAAACAUGCAUUUUCAAGUAUCAAACAGAUUUGUGGAUUAGUAAAGUUCUUCUGAAAGGAAGUUCCUUUUGGUGAUACUGUCCACUUUCUACAAUGUAUCAUUCCUUAUCUGAAACUAGACAUCCUCUGCAGUCAGAAGAACAAGAAGUCGGCAUUGACCCCUUGUCCAGUUAUUCAAACAAGUCUGGAGGAGAUUCAAAUAAAAAUGGAAGAAGAACAAAUUCUACCUUAGACUCUGAGGGGACUUUUAAUUCAUAUAGGAAAGAAUGGGAAGAACUAUUUGUAAACAACAAUUACUUGGCAACAAUAAGGCAGAAAGGGAUUAAUGGGCAGCUGAGAAGCAGCAGGUUCCGCAGUAUUUGCUGGAAGCUGUUUCUUUGUGUUAUUCCUCAAGAUAAAAGUCAAUGGAUAAGUAGAAUUAAAGAGUUAAGAGCAUGGUACAGCAACAUUAAAGAAGUACAUAUCACAAACCCAAGGAAGGUUGUUGGCCAACAAGAUUUGAUGAUCAACAAUCCCCUUUCACAGGAUGAAGGGAGUCUUUGGAAUAAAUUUUUCCAAGACAAAGAACUACGAUCAAUGAUUGAACAAGAUGUCAGAAGAACGUUUCCCGAAAUGCAGUUUUUCCAACAAGAAAAUGUGAGAAAGAUUCUUACAGAUGUUCUUUUCUGUUAUGCUAGAGAAAACGAGCAGUUGCUUUAUAAACAGGGUAUGCACGAGCUAUUAGCCCCCAUAGUCUUCAUCCUUCAUUGUGACCACCAAGCUUUUCUACAUGCCAGUGAGUCUGCACAGCCAAGCGAGGAAAUGAAAACCCUCUUGAACCCCGAGUAUCUGGAACAUGAUGCCUAUGCAAUGUUCUCACAACUGAUGGAAACUGCUGAGCCUUGGUUUUCCACUUUUGAGCAUGAUGGUCAAAAGGGGAAAGAAACUCUGAUGCCUCCCAUCCCCUUUGCCCGGCCACAGGAUUUAGGACCAACAGUUGCUAUUGUUACUAAAGUCAAUCAGAUCCAGGAUCAUCUACUGAAGAAGCAUGAUAUUGAGCUCUACAUGCACUUAAACAGACUGGAAAUUGCACCACAGAUAUAUGGAUUACGGUGGGUGCGGCUGCUGUUUGGCAGAGAGUUCCCUCUGCAGGACCUCCUGGUGGUCUGGGAUGCCUUGUUUGCAGAUGGCCUCAGUCUGAGUUUAGUGGACUAUAUCUUCAUAGCCAUGUUACUCUACAUUCGAGAUGCUUUGAUCUCUAGUAACUACCAGACCUGUCUUGGCCUUCUGAUGCAUUAUCCACUCAUCGGGGAUGUGCACUCACUGAUUCUUAAAGCUCUGUUUCUUAGAGACCCAAAGAAAAAUCCAAGACCAGUGACUUAUCAGUUCCAUCCCAAUCUAGAUUAUUACAAAGCACGGGGAGCAGACCUUAUGAACAAAAGCCGGACCAAUGCCAAAGGUGCUCCCCUGAAUAUAAAUAAAGUUUCUAAUAGCCUGAUUAAUUUUGGAAGAAAGCUGAUUUCCCCAGCAAUGGCCCCAGGCAGUACAGGUGGUCCUGUACCUGGGAGUAACAGUGGCAACUCCUCCUCUGCUGCUUUCCCCACCAGGACCUCAGCAGAAACCUUAAGGCAUCAUUUGCAACCACAGCAGCAGCAGCAGCAGCAGCAGCAGCAGCAGCAGCGGCUGAUGAAAUCCGAAAGCAUGCCAGUGCAAUUGAACAAAGGCGAUAUAGUUACAGGAAGCGAUGCUCAGGUUUCUGUUCCUGUCCAGACUCUAACUGACCUCCAAGGGCAAAAUUCUAAAAACAUCAGUUCAUCUCCAAGCAUUGAGAGUUUGCCUGGAGGAAGAGAAUUCACUGGCUCCCCACCUUCAUCUGCUACUAAAAAAGAUUCCUUUUUUAGCAACAUCUCCCGGUCCCGCUCACACAGCAAAACUAUGGGCAGGAAAGAAUCUGAAGAAGAAUUAGAAGCCCAGAUUUCCUUCCUCCAAGGGCAGUUGAAUGACCUGGAUGCCAUGUGCAAAUACUGUGCAAAGGUGAUGGACACUCAUCUUGUAAAUAUUCAAGAUGUGAUAUUACAAGAAAAUUUGGAAAAAGAAGAUCAAAUUCUGGUUUCCCUGGCAGGAUUAAAACAGAUCAAAGACAUUCUAAAAGGUUCCCUGCGUUUCAACCAGAGCCAACUGGAAGCUGAAGAAAAUGAGCAGAUUACCAUCGCAGAUGACCACUACUGCUCCAGUGUCCAGGACCAGAACCAACAAGUUCCUGGAUCCACCAAGCAGGCUUCUGCAGAAACUCCUGGGCUCCCAGACAGAGGGGGCUCUGAUGACUUCAUCCUGGUUUCAAAAGAAGAUGAGGGGGGCAGUGCCAAGGGACACUUCUCAGGUCAGGCUCAGCCUCUUCGCACCCUCAAAAGCACAUCUGGGAAAAGCCGGACCCUGGCCUGCUCUCCUCUGGUGUUCUCAGAUCCCCUGAUGGGCCCAGCCUCAGCAUCCUCCAGCAACCCCAGCUCCAGCCCUGAUGACGACAGCAGCAAGGACUCUGGCUUCACCAUCGUGAGCCCCCUGGACAUCUGACCACAGGGACCCAGUCUCCCCCUCAGGGGCCUCCCUAGGGGAGACCCCUCUGAAACCAGUGCUGCUUCCCCAGCAUGCAUUUGGCAUUGGUACAGCCCAUUGGAACCCUUUAGAAAGAAGCAAAUACACCUAUGUUCACAAAAAUGCAGACAGGACUUUCUGAGCCCUUACCUGACCCUACCCCAAUUCUUGCUCUGAAUUAGAGCCAGACUAAGUACCCAGAACCAUACUCUGAGAAAAGACCAAGCCACAAUCAGAACCACUUUUCCCCAUCUUCUCCUCCCCAACUGAGAGUGUCUGACAGUGCCAUCAGUUACUUUAGGAGGAGGUGGACAGCUUCCCUCCCUCAAAGCGUCAGCCACCGGGAAAGCAGUCGAUAUCGAGAGUGCUUUCUCUGUAGAAAUCUGUCUCAUAUUACUUAGUUCCUACCUAGGGAAGCCAUAUAGCAGAGCCAAGUGCAAUAGAAUGAACUAGAACAAGGGAUUCCAGGACAUGGAAAAACCCAUUACUCAAUUACUGACCUCUCAAAAUUAUGAUUUCUAGAAACUGGGUCUAAAGUUAAAAGUUGUUUGGAGGUAUGGUGUGAUUUAAGAUUCUUUUGAUUUGUUAAAGAAGACAUUUAAAAUCCUCAGGCUAAAUAGAUUUUGGCCUUAUAGUUCCUCCUUAAAUAAUUGUAUUUCACUUUUUAGAAUCUUUUACAGAAAACAAGAUCACUUAAAGCUAUCUUUACUAUACUGACUUCAUAAGUUGCAAGAGUAUUACUAUCCUUGAAUUGAAGAAAAAAAAAAGUGACCCUGACUCUAAGGGAUACACAUCUUUCAGUCAAAGUGUCUCUGGUUUCAGAGCUGUAUUUUACUGAGAAGGGGGAAAGCCUUGUUUAUUCCUAUCUAGAGUCAGAACCCCUUAGUGGCCUUAUGGUAGCAGUGACAGGGAAUUGGACCUGGAGUCCUUUCUCUAGGGAGCAGGGCUUCCUAGAGAUCAUUCCAGGUGCUGGGAUGUUCCCUCCCUGGGAGGGAGGAAGGAAUUGCAGGGCCUGUGCUCAGCUAUGAACUCCUGUGUCCUGGGCACCACCACCAAGUCCAGGUCUGACAUACUGGUACUUUCCUGGGCUUCAACACAGAUUGGAGACCACCUCCCUCAGCUGGCAGUUUAGGAACACACAGCAUCACCUAAGCUGUUUCUCUCUGUAAACGAAAAGGACCCAAGAAGGACACCUCUGCCAGGGACAAGUAGGGACUGCAGAUGGACAUGGGACCUGUUUUGAGCAGCCCUUGCGGGGAGGCCUGGCUCUCCUCAGAAGAUGGCAGGGGCAGUGGCAAAGUCUAAAAGAAGACUCCAUUUAUGUCCUUCCCACUGAUAACCGUAUAUUUCUCUACAGACAAAUGUGAUAAUGACAUGAUUUCCCACUCGAUCUCUAAGAAAAUGGUGAUGACUCUGAAGUCAGCUACUGCAGAGGUGGUUCUAAUUAGCUCUACAAUUUGCUCUUAAUUAACAGAAAUCCCCUCUCACCAGCAAUGUGAGGUUAAUGACUGGUUUGGCCAUUGGGGUGUCCAUCCUUCCAUGACUGGGCAACUGCUCAACAGUUGCACCAGUUAGCUCCCUGGUACCCGAGUCUGGUCCUCUCAGCACCUCUGAGUAAACUGUUCCGGGGCACGUCCCUGUGGCGACACUUUGUAAGCUCUAGGUCUUUGUGCAGUGGGCAGCCUCACACCUGUGCAGGGGUCACUUUCUCAGAAAGGACUUGGGAAGGUGUCAGAAGUUCAGUUCUAGGAAGUACAGAAUUGUUCUCUGCUCACUCCCACAUCUCCUUUGCCCUGGGAAAUAGAGGGAUAGCUGGGUGUCACUGGCCACACAAGAGCCACUGCCACCCACACAAGCCAAGAAGGUUCCCUGCCAUUGGCUUGGCAUUUAAUCAUUACCAGAAACUCUCAGCCCUGUACAUAUGCUAAGGGAGGGUCCUCUCCAUCCUGUACUUCUGUGCUGGUGCCACACGAGCACUCGGAGGUGCUGCCUCUGUGAGCCCACUCCCUUCUCAAAGGAAACGUAGGAGGGGAGCCUGUAAUGCAGCACCAGCCUCAGACCCCACCCCACAGGUUCAGAGGUAGAGCAAUGUAGGAGUAGUGUUUUUUUCUAAGUGACUUUUUUUUUAUUAUUCUUUGGUGAAUAUCAUUUGCAUUUUUUAUUAGUUACAGUGCUAAAGAAUGUGUUCCUUUUUAUUAUUUUAUCAGGUACUUACAUUUAUAUAUUUUUUUAAUCUUGAACAUAUGAGACCUUUUUGUUUUUCUUUAACAAUUGUGGUAAUCAGUGGAAUUCCUCGCAUGUUGUGAUUAUUAGCAGUUACAUUUUAUAUACAUUAAGCUUAGCUUAAUUCCUGCUGUCAUCCACUUUUUUUAUACAUGUCCCCAUGUGUUUCAUGCAUUCCUCUCUAAUGAGAAAUGAAUUAAAAUUAUCUGUGCAUUACAGACUAGAGGAAGAAAAUCAGCUUACUUUGCCUUAUAUUGUAUGUAUGCCAAGGUCAUAUAACACUUUAAACAUUCAGCUAUACUCGAUUAUUCUUGCAAGGAUGAACUCCUGCUUAUGUUCAGUGCCAACUGCAAUCUGUAAAGAAGGACAGCACUGCAGAAGGAAUGUGCUCUGCCCUCUCAUGUGUGACUGGGCUGACUCUAGGGCACUGUCCUUUGCAGCACUGAGGAAGCUGCCACGAAGCUGGGUGCCUGCCACUAGCAGGAACACUGCCUUUACUUUGUCAGAGAUGCUGAGUAGACAUAAAGAUCUGACAGUUAUAGUUGAUCCAAAUUUAUCAGGAGACAGCAUGACAGGUUAUCAUUUUUGUUUUUUAAGAAUCACCCGUACGGGUCAUUCCGAACAAGAGAAUGUAUGAAGGACUUAAGUCUCCAGCUCGCUGAAUGGCUAUCCUGUGAGUGCAGGGCUGGUUCCAUUGCUCCUCCUCAGCAGACACACCCUGUGUGUUCAGUGCAGGAGCAGCAGGGAGCCUUGGCGCAGGGAGAAGCGGCUGCAGGAACAGGGACAGCAACUGGCCAGCCAGGCUCCUCCUCACUGGCCAAAGCACUUUGUCGGUGUUAACUUUCAGUAGCUUCUUCUAGUGUGGUAGUAGUUCAUGUAAGCAGGCUGGAGACCACGUUGAUAUCAAAAGUUGUCAUGAUAACUUUUCUCACAGUGGCAUAAUUCACUUGAUUUAUAGAAUUCCCAGUAGUGCCCUCUACAGCAUACAUACCAUUUUUCUCAUCCAUCUUUAUGCUGUAACUCAUACUGAUAUAAGAAACAAUUUAUCCUUUUGGCAAAGUGAUCCCACUCAAUACGGUUAUAAUAAAAGACUAAUGUGUAA